GCAUUUUCCUUGCUUCGAAUUAUACCAAUGGAAUUAUCAUUAUUCAAGAAUAAUAAUAACACAUUGUACCCUCUUAUUAGAAUUUAUGUUUUCCUAUUUCAGCUUUCUUUGUUUGCAUCCUUGUCCAUAGCAGCAUAUAAAAAUGGAGCUUAUGUUCCAACAGAAACGGUUUGCAACUCCACCAUGUACCCUUCUUACUGCAAAUCAGUGCUUGCUAAUCAACACGGCAAUAUCUAUGACUAUUGCCGCGUUUCAGUUAAAAAAUCUUUAUCGCAAUCUAGAAAGUUCUUGAACGCCGUCAACUCUUAUCUUCAACAAGGUGGAAAUUCUUACUCUCAAACCACAAUCCGCGCUCUCCAAGAUUGCAAAUUCCUCGCCGAACUCAACUUGGAGUUCUUGUCAAACACCCUUGACACGGUUCAAAAAGCCGGUGAUGUUCUUCCCGCCGGUGAAGCUGAUGAUUAUCACACAGUGCUCAGUGCCGUUUUGACAAACCAACAAACAUGUUUGGGUGGAUUGCAAACCACGGCUUCUGAUCAGAGAGUCAAAGAUGAACUUUCUUCUCUGCUCUCAGAGGAUACAAAGCUUAACAGCGUCUCUCUUGCUAUGUUCGUUGAUGCUUGGAUUCCUCAGGAGCAAACUACAUCGUGGGAAGAACAAAGUCACGGCCAGCGUGGCAGAAAACUACUAAGCUUGGAAGACAUGGAAGACGUUUCUGUGAAAGAUAUUGUGGUUGUUAGUAAGGAUGGAAGUGGAAACUUCACCACUAUCAAUGAAGCUAUAAAGGCUGCACCCAAUAACUCUGUUUCUACCGAUGGCUAUUUCGUCGUCUUCGUCACCGAGGGUGUGUAUGAAGAGUACGUAUCUAUAGACAAGAAGAAGAAGUACUUGAUGCUGAUUGGAGAUGGAAUCAAUCGGACAGUUAUCACUGGUGAUCACAAUGUUGUUGAUGGUUUCACAACAUUCAACUCAGCAACAUUUGCUGUGGUGGCGGAAGGAUUUGUUGCGGUCAACAUAACAUUCCGCAACAGUGCGGGACCAAGCAAGCACCAAGCAGUGGCAGUGAGAAAUGGAGCAGAUUUGUCCACCUUCUAUGGCUGCAGCUUUGAAGGUUACCAAGACACUCUGUACACACAUUCCAUGAGGCAAUUCUACCGUGAAUGCGAUGUUUACGGCACAGUUGACUUUAUAUUUGGAAAUGCAGCGGUUGUUUUACAAAACUGCAACUUAUAUCCCCGCCUUCCAAUGAGUGGACAAUUCAAUGCCAUCACGGCUCAAGGCCGAACCGAUCCGAACCAAAACACUGGCAUUUCCAUACAGAACGCAACCAUUAAAGCCGCCGACGAUUUGGCUCCGGUGGUUGGUAGUGUGUCAACCUACCUUGGUAGGCCGUGGAAGGAGUAUUCAAGGACAAUUUAUAUUCAGAGUUUUAUGGAUAGUUUGAUAGCUCCAGUUGGGUGGAGUAAUUGGAAUGGAGAUUUUGCACUCAGCACUUUGUACUAUGCUGAGUACAAUAACAUGGGACCUGGUUCAAGCACUGCUAAUAGAGUGAAUUGGCCUGGCUAUCAUAUUAUCAAUGAUAUUGAUGCAGCUAAUUUUACUGUCUCCAAAUUCUUGGAUGGGGAUGCUUGGUUGCCUCCCACUAACGUUCCAUUCCAGACAUCAUUGUAAGAUAUAUAUGCUGCAGCUUAACAUUAUUUGUAUAUUAUGAUCAUCAUAGUGGCCAUGUUUAUUUGUUUUUGUUGAUUAAUUAUUGUAAUUGAAUUUUAAUUUAAUCAGGCUUUUGCUGCGUGCCUAUUGUAACA